GCUCUAAACUCUAGACCCUAGAACCUUUUUCCCGUAGUAGGUUAGCAGGGUAGACCCUUGUAUGCUAUGCACUUAACCUUUAUUGUUUAAUUCCAUAUGCGCGUUUUCCAUAGAUUUCUGGAUUUAUUUUGGACGCUAGCAAUCUAAUCGUGAUCAACUGACCGGCAGCUGGCCACCUUUUUUUGUACUAUUCCCAAUGACGAAACGGCAUUGAGUCCCAAGACAAAUCUCUAGCCGUGUCUCCUCCCGACAAUCGACAUCGUGAAUUAGUACCUGGGGUAGCGUUGAACAGGCCAACUUGAUCCUCGCAUUGCGACUCAUGAAUGCCUGUUCAACAGACAAGCUACUCUUUGGCAAUAUACUUACACGUCGCCCUUCUUGCUUUUGCUUUGCCUAGAAUAUUAAAUUAUCCAUGAGCGAUGCAUCGGUAAAAACCUUACAGAAAAAAAAGACAGAUACCCAAAUCUUAAGUUCUAUAUACACUUCCGCUCUUCAAAAUGUCCGAUGAGCCCGUGCUGGCAUCUCUCUCGCUUACACACGUCCACUAUGACCCGUCCGACCCCAUAUCCUACCUCUGUGCCUUCCUGGCGCUGGUGCCGCAGGGCCUCUGCGUCAUGUACGCGACGCUGAUCUGGUCGACGCGCGAGAUCGAGAUCGCGCUGCUGUUCGCGGGGCAGCUGGCGUGCGAGGCCAUCAACUUCGUGCUGAAGCGGCUGAUCAAGGAGGAGCGGCCGCGCCGCAUGAACGGCAAGGGGUACGGCAUGCCCAGCAGCCACGCCCAGUUCGUCGCCUACUUCGCCGUCUCCGUCGCCCUGUUCCUGCUCCUCCGCCACCAGCCCCCGAGCCCGCGCGUCCGCAGCCGCAACCACACGCCCAUGAGCCUCCUCGAGCGCGCCGCCUGGAGCGCCGUCGUCGCCGGGAUGGCCGCCGCCGUCGCCUGGAGCAGGAUAUAUCUGAACUACCAUACCGAGAAGCAGGUGCUGGUCGGAUGUGCUGCCGGGACGGUGAGCGCUGUAGGCUGGUUCGUUAUCACGACUAUAUUACGACGGUCUGGCUGGUUAGCGUGGGGAUUGGAGACGCCGAUAGCGAAGUUCUUCAGAAUAAGGGAUCUCGUCGUGGAGGAAGAUCUAUGUCAGGCUGGCUGGGAGAAGUGGGACGAUAAAAUGACGGCGCUAAAGGCUAAGAAGAAGCAUACAUAACAUUGGAUCUAUUUAUGACUAUAUACCCAUUUAGGAGCUUCCUAUUACUUAGCUUACCUGUAGAUAAAACGAAUAUUCGUCUCAGAUACUUCUCAUUAGGCCUGGCAAUGGCAUGAUCGAUGAAUAAGUAGUAUAUUUAUUGUAUAUCACACAAGGCUACAUGGAAUUAGAGCCCGGUCAUG